UUGAACCGCAGCCGUUGAACAGAAUGAAACAAGAGUAUAACCAUUGGGCUACGAGCCCAACGGUUUUGUGUUCCGAAUAAGAUAUUAAUUAAGACAAUAAACAUUCUAAGGAUCUCUUUAAAAUGUCCUCCCGCCCCCAGCUCUCAGUACUUUACUCUUCUGCGGAUAGAGUCUCCAAACAAAAUUCCCAAAUAUUUUCUUCCCCAAAAUAUUCUGUGUAAGGAUCUUAUUCCCGAUUAUGGACAUCGACGGUAAUGGAGGAGAGAUAAAUGCAGUCCAAGAACCUGGUCCUCCGCCGGAGAUUUAUUUGGCAGACCUAAAUUGGAAUUUUGUAGACCGUGGAGUCGAUUUUGUCAACAAUGUCUUCCAACAGUAUGCAGGCGCAGCUGCAGGUGGUCUUCAAAAAAGAGGGACUUGUGGGAAACUUAUUGGGCGAAGAGGAUGAACACCAUCCUGGCUAUCAACCAAAUCCCAUUAAUCCUGAAUUCAAUCCCUUUCCCCCCCUUCCCCAUGAUCCAAAGCCCCAAAUCAACAAUGAUCAUUACCAACCACCCAAUCCUAACAAUGCCGGUGCUCCGUCAGCCUCAAACCUCAAAUUUUUGAGGGAUUUUUAUGACCUCUCCCUCAAUCCAAGGGCUACUUCUAUGAUCUGGAAUGCGGAUGGGACGCAGCUCACCAUCUUUUUCUUGACCACUAUGGUCCAGAAUUACCCUGAUAUUUUCGGGAAGACUCCACAGCUUUUCAAGAUGAAAUUAAUGAGAAGGGAGUUCAGGUACUCCCAUCAUCAAGGGCGAGACAAGAUAAUCCUGGCUCACCAAUUCUUCCGCAGAGGGUUCCCUAAUCUUCUCAGUUCUAUUCAAGUGUCAAACAAUAAGAGAUCUGCACCUGCACGAUAUGGUGGUUUGGUUGGGGGUUUAGAGUAUGGGGAGCUGAAUCCACCGGCAGCAAUCAUCAACAAUCUGGUUGGGCAGUUUAAUGGUUGGGAGCAAGGACUCGCUGCUUGUCGGCACGGUCUUGAGCAGCUUAGGGAAUACCAUAAUCUGUAGGACGGAGGAAAUUGUUGAUAUUGUGACGGAUCCGGACUAUUUGAUGCAGUUUAGCCUGUGGAUGAUCCUCUUUUUGCUCUUCAUAACCUCAAGCUGAAGUCUAACAGUUGCUCGACUAUCUGAGUUAAAUCAAAUCAUCUCUACUUAUUCCACCAUGAGGCAUGAUAUAACUCGAGAAACCUUAGAAUGUAAUUUCGUAUACAUUACCCAGUCCGAAAGUGAAUAUAGCGUUCAUAAUUCCUUUUUGCGAACUCUUUAUGUAUAAAAAUAUACAGUUAAGAAGUCUAGCGGAAGUACCGUUAAAGUUUUAGUAUGUGUAUAAAAAUAAUGGUCCAUUCCAAAAUCACCUGGGCAUUCUAACCUG